AUGUCUAUUUCGCGAGUUAGUCGCCGUUUUUAUAUUCAAGGACAAAAUGGCAUACGAAAGAAUGAAAGGGAAUACUUUUAUCGCAUAAAUCAUCAAGGGCAACUGUUUCUGCACGACGCGAAAGUAAAAAACUUUAUAACAUGCUUCAAGGAUCCUGUAUUUUUGAACUUUUUUUACAAACGCAUUCGGCCAGUCAGAGAAAAAGAAGCGCGUCACGAGGGUUUUAACUGGAUAUCUCCUUGUGGACACGAGAGUAAUUUCAUCCAAGUGGAUCUACUUCCCGUCAUCUUUGAUAAGAUCGACACCAAAAACCACCUGAUUGACUCCAGAAACACUCUUCAUUAG